UUUUUCUCGCUGGUUUCAAUCGGCACGGGCCAAGUUAAAAGUGAACACGAUGGCGUUGAAGAUUAAAUCGGUCGAUUUCCAUGUUACGGAGAAUGCUCGGAACCAUUUUACCGAUCGUUUUGAAAUGGUUCAUAUGGAACCGGCAAUUCCAGUUAUACGUCGUGGUCAGAAGUUUUCGUUUACAAUUGCAUUUGAGGAUCGUGAUUACAAUAAAGAUGUGGAUGAGAUUAAGUUUAUAUUUAGCACAGGAAUUAAACCAUUGGCAACGAAGAACACCCUUGGUGCCUUCGUGUUCGACAAAAAUUCGAGACCGAAAAUCCUUACAAAUAAAGAAUGGGAUGGAAGAAUUAUGUCUUAUGGACAAACUGGGCAGAAGACUCUCAACGUUGAGGCUAUUGCACCAGCUGACGCACCAUUUGGGUCGUAUUCUUUAAAAAUUGAGUGUACUAAUGGGGGUUCCAAAAAUACUUACGACCAUGACAUUGAUACUUGGAUUUUGUUUAACCCCUGGGUUAAAGAGGAUCUGGUCUACAUGGCUGAUACCGCUCUACUCGAUGAAUAUAUUUUGGCUGAUGUUGGGAAGAUUUGGUUAGGACCGCAUACAACUACCCGCGGGAGAGAAUGGGUUUACGGGCAGUUCGCUAGUCACGUAUUGCCAGGAUCCUCCUUUAUUUUGGAUAGGUCAAAGCUAGCUAAUUCAAGUCGUGGUGAUCCUAUCAAAAUGGUUCGAGCUAUUUCGAGAAUUGUUAAUUCAAACGAUGACAAUGGAGUUCUUGUUGGCCGUUGGGAUGGGGAAUAUGAAGAUGGUACCGCUCCGUCGACUUGGACAGGAUCUGCUGAGAUCUUGGAAGAAUAUUUAACAAAGGGUGAAAGUGUAAAGUAUGGACAGUGUUGGGUCUUUUCAGGAGUCGUUGCAACAGUUUGCCGGGCGAUUGGAAUUCCUUGCCGUCCUGUCUCCAAUUUGGUUUCAGCUCAUGACAGCAAUGCAUCUUUAACCGUCGAUAAGUACUUUGAUAAAGACAAUAAUGAGAUUGAAUAUGAUCCUAACAACGAAAUGGGGGAGGAUUCGAUCUGGAACUAUCAUGUUUGGAAUGAUGUUUAUAUGGCCCGGCCUGAUUUGCCGAAAGGAUAUGGCGGCUGGCAAGCUGUUGAUGCAACACCCCAGGAAACUUCUGAUGGAUUUUAUCAGUGUGGACCCGCUUCACUUGAAGCUAUUCGGAGAGGUGAAGUUGGUUUUAACUACGACGUUGGAUUCAUGCUGUCCUCAGUAAAUGCGGACUUCGUGAAAUGGAAGGAAGAUGCUCGCUGCCCAAUGGGAUAUAAAAGAAUUCUUUGUAAUACAUACCAUAUCGGAAAAAUGAUUUUGACUAAGCGACCCUGGAUCUUUGAUCCCAACGGCGACAAGGAUCGUGAAGAUAUCACUAGCAUUUACAAGUACAAGGAAGGUACUAAGGAGGAACGUUUGUCUGUCUAUAAUGCUGUUCGAAAUACUAGAAGUGCUAAGAAGUUCUUUGAAAUGCCUGAAGAGAUUAAGGAGGAUGUGAAAUUCCAACUUACUGACUUGGAAAAGGUCAACGUUGGCGAUCCAUUCACUGCGUCAAUUCAUGUGCAUAAUACUUCUUCUGAGAUACGGAACAUUGAAAUCGUCUUAUCAGCCGGAAGUGUUUACUAUACUGGGAACAAAGCAAAGGUAGUGAAGAGGAUCUCGGGUGAGAUUAAAUUGAUGCCGGGUGCACGUCAGGAUGUUCAGAUGACAGUGAAACCUGAUGAGUAUCUACCAGGAUUGGUGGAGUACAACAACAUGAAAAUCUACGCAAUAUGCAGUGUCAUCGAAACUAUGCAGACUUGGGCUGGUGAAGAUGAUUUCCAGAUUAUUAAGCCACCUAUCAAUGUCCAGAUUGAAGCCGAAGUGGCUGUCGGUGAUGUCCAGAAAAUAACAUUGAGCUUCAAGAAUCCACUCCAACAAAUGCUUACCGGGGGCCAUUUUAAUCUGUCGGUACCACGAGUUUUAGCCAGGACGAUACCGAUUUAUGUUGGAAACAUUGCGCCAAGAGGUUCAGUUGUUGGUCACUUUGAUCUGCAGAUUCGUAAACCUGGCAACUUCACAAUAGUUGUUACGUUUGCAUCAAAGCAAUUGUCGGACAUGUCCGGGAGCGCCAAAUUUGAGGCAUUUUAACGAGGUGGAAACGGAGGAGGAGAGGAAUUGAUUCAGUCUUUUCACUGUGCUAUCAAUACUAUUCUGUUGCUAUCGAUACUACAUAUUAUGUCUUGUGUGACUUCAUUUCGCUUAGAGGAUACAGAUCGGAAAUAAAUUGAAAGCUUCUCAAAGA